GAGAAACAUACUGAGUUCACUGUGGUCAUAAUAUGAUUCAUUAUCAACAUUAUUAGGACAAGUAGCUCAGAAUAUACAAAGUGAAUUUCAGGGUAGAGUACAAUUUACACUACACAUAUGUCCAUAUUUACAUGAGGUGCGCAAAAGAUUUUUCCCAAAUAUUGUAUGUGGUUACAUUACUAUCCCAGCAACAUAUCACUAUGUUACUAUAACUCCCUGGUUACUGCAUUACUGUGCCUGAGGAGCACAUCGCUAUGACUGUGUCAGCUGUGUGAAUUAUCCUUUCUUUGCUUCGCACCAAUCAGACAGAGCUCUUCUUCCUCUACUCUACUUCUCAUUUUCUGUUUCAGAGCAGACCUGUCUGACAGUUCAGACAGAACAAGGUUAUAUUGUUACUUGGCGCAGAUAGUGGUCUGCUCAAAGUGUAUAGAAGUAGGUAAAAGGUAACUUUCAUCCUACGUCCUAGACCCUCAGAAGUGAAAGACUAAAGAUUUUGGAUUAGCAACAUAACCACAGAGCAGGUAAAAAUCUCUUCAUAUAUUUAAAUUAUUCACUCUCAUUACUCCUCAUUUCUCAUUCUAACAAAACAAAUGGCAAAGAAUUAAGUUAAGAAUGACCUUUAAAGAACAAAUGAAUCAUCAAAGACUGAUUUUGGAGGGAUUUCAUUGCUCUUUCUUAGUGAUAAAUGCUUAUACGAGAUUAUUCUGCUUAUACCAGAAGACUUUAGAAGUUUUAAUUUAGAAAUGAAGCUAAAUUCGUGUCCAUAUUGCAUGUGUUCAAUGAAAAUAUCAAAGCUUUUUGCUUCCGGGCUCUACUGAACACAGACGGCCUGAUGUAGUGAGCUUUCUUAACCAAAGCACCACCUCAGCUUGUUUAACCACAUUAAAAAAUGUAUUAUAUUUCACAGUGUUAGCUUGUGGCCUCAUCUUUGAUCACCAUCAAAACACUUUUCUUAUUCCCUUUAAAACCGAGUGCAGUGAUAUUCUAUCAAAUCAUCUCCUCUCACUCCCUGUAACCCAUGUUUGAUAAUAAAUCCUCUUAUCCUUUUUACAUUUUUUUUUUAGAAUUCUCCAUAACACUUGAUUCUAUUUUCCUCAUCGUGUCCACUGAUGCAAGAUGGUCAACAUUCAGCCAGUGUUGCUGGAUAUACUUCAGAAUUUGUUGGAAGAGGACCUGAAAUCCUUCCAGUGGUACCUAAGCAAUGGCGUGGAGGGUUUCACUCAUAUUCCAAGGGCUCAGCUAGAAAAGGCAGACAGACAUGACACCGUGGAUAAGAUGGUGCAGAGCUACGGCCACAAUGGAGCUGUGGAGAUCACACAGGCCAUCCUGAAGAACAUAAACCAAAACCAACUGGCUGAGGAACUGAGGACCAGCCUCAGAGAGGAAGUCACUGAUAAGAGCCCAGCAGCCUCCACUGCAGCUCAAAAUAGAGACUCGGUCAGUUUGCAUACGGACCAGAACUGCAUUACCCAGAAUCCAUUGCGGACUCACGAGGAGGAGCAAUUCAGUUCAUUACUAUUUGCAGACUCUGACUCCAAUUCCCAGGCUCCUCUGCAGAAUCACAAGACUCUGGACCUCUCCUCAUCAUCCUAUCAGGGAUCCAGAGGGAACUGAGGACAGCUAUCAAGAAGGCGAUCUACAAUUUCCCCCUGGGAUCAAUAAAGGAAUCUGAAUCUGAAUCUAGGUCUCCUGAAUUCUAAUUAUCCACAGCUGUGUGUUAGUCAUAUGACAUGCUUAGUUAGUAUAUAAGCCCGGGCUGUAGACCAGCUUCCUUGUGAAGAAUUGGUUUGACCCGUGAAACUACUGAGUGUUAUUUCUGUUCUGACCUUCAUCGUGUUUUGACUUCUUGGCUGUUUUUUCUCCUAACUCUGAUUUUUGGACUUCCCCUUUUGUACUGUUGCCCGGUUUUUUGGAUUCAUGUUUUUGACUCAUCGUUUAUUUAGUGGACUCUGCCUUGCCUUGCCCUUAUGUUCGCCUUUCUUGUUCUGCUGUGAAUCCUGGACUUGACUCCUGCCUGUCUCCUGACUACUCUCUGCAUCUAUGGUUCCCCAAGUAAAGCUUUUUCUCCAUUUCAGCAUUUUUUUUCUUUAACCAUGAGCAUCUGCUUUCUGGGCACAUGUCACAUUCUCCUUAACUUUUGCAUGGGUAUUGUCACAACAAUGCUAAAGGGCUUUAUUCUGGGACAGUGUGCAGAAAUGAUAACGCAUUAACUUGACAGACUGAUUUAGAAAUGUAGGAACAGUGAGAGUAGACUGACUCGCAGGAGAAGGAGAGUAUGGCAAAUAGUUUAUUAGAGAUGCUGUAUAAACUACAGACAAUAGUAUAGUACAAAUAGAUGGUACCAAAGAGAAGCACAGUACAAAAGAAAAGCUUCCCUGGACUGUAUUAUUAAGUUCAGCCUAACUGCCCAACAGAGAGAGCAAAACUAGCAAACUGCGCUAGGCUAAACUAUGCUAAAAUAACGGGGCUGGCAGCUGCCCUCUAACCCAGUGUGCCUAGAAAGCAGAAUUUAUCUAUGGGGGAAAUGUGCACACACAACAGGCAUAACAGCUAUAACACUAUUAAACCAGCAACGGACAGAUGAGUAAACGAUCUUCAUGAAUGAGUGAGCAGGAGGGCUAACGUGUAGCUUCCCUGCAGUUUUUGAAUGAGAGGCUCCACCCCUUCUUGCCACAAGACGAUGCUUAUUUGGCUAGCAGACAACACUCUUGAUGAGGACUGAUGGUUCACUUCACCUUUGAAAGAGAGGGAGUGAGAGGACACAAGCACAGGGGUGGUGACACCUGAAAGGUAUCAGUGCUGCCUGAGGACCAUGGGAUACUGGGAUACGCCAGCUGGCCCAGUAUGGAGUAACCCAUAGUUGGCAUAUGUAAGAUUUGUUUGGGUAUGUCCUGUAUGUCUAUGCUGUAGGUCCAUUGAUGGCUGAAUGUUGACCUGUGUGGUAUUGUUUUGGUUUUUCCCAACCACAUGGUCCCAGGCAGGUGUG